AUGCGCGGCAGCGGAGCCCUGCUGCUUAUGCUGGGCCAGGCAUCGACCCAGGGCGUCAUCAUCGUGACUCGCUCCCUGAAAUAUCAGCCGUAUGCUCAGACAGUGUCCGAUAAAGUUCACUUUGCAUGUAUCGCACUCGUCGCUGCAUUUUGCUUAUCCUCUUUCCUCCUCCAUGUAUAUGGUGACGAGGCUCAGAAAGAGCUGUUUUGGAAGCUUUUGACAAAGCCUGUGCCCGUUUCAACUUUGUGGCUGGUGACACUACAACCGCUUUUGCUUCUGCUCUCAGCACUUAGGCACAGGCACUACAAGAGCAACAUUGCGGAGGAGCAGUUCAGCGAACUCUUGUAUAGUCUUGUAAUAGCCCCCGUCGCAGAAGAGGUAAUGUACCGGCUCAUGGUAGAGGCGCUCUUUCAACCACUCGACUACAUGCCUAUGUCACGAAUAGUGAUAAGCAACAGCUUCUUCGCGCUCCUCCACUUUCUUGCCAUAAGGGACAGGUACCGCUUUGCUCAGACCCUGAUUGCCAAGGCGUCGAUACUCCUCAAUGCCGGCCUUACCGUGGUUCUCCAGGCCACGCUAUUCGGGGUAUGGAGUGAGAUGAUGCUAGCAGUUACAGGCUCCAUCUGGCCCUCCAUCAUCAUCCACAGCAUCUGCAACUACAUCGGCCCACCGCGAAUGAUCACGUCCAAAGAUUGGUACAUCAAUGCCAUAGGACUCUGCUGCUUCCUCCUAAAUAUCAUCAUCGUCUGCGAGCUCCAUGGUAUCCCCGUUUCACAGACCCUAUUUGUCCGAUUUAGUAAUUGA